UACCUUGGAACCUGCUGUAAAUAUUCUGGGGCGGCUUGGUGACGCGGUGACGCCUUUAAGGGAGCCCCGGUAACCGUCCGGCUCCGUCAGUGGGGAGGAGGAAGUAGAGCCCCCCGGAGUCAGGUAAUGAACUGACAAGCAGCCAGUAGUGACCGUGUAAUGAGCCUUCAUCUGGAAAAUGACUAUUUGAGGAAAAGUUUCUUGUAAUGGAGGAAGGAGGAAGGAGUCUGGAUUCUGGGCAUAGCAGAAAAUCAGACAGUGAUAAAAGCAGCAAUUCAUAUUACUCGGAUGAUGAUUCAUCUCAUGCUUCUGAUCAGUCUCCAACCAUCAGCACUCAGUCUAUACAAACUGUAAAUAGAAGCAAUAAAAUACAGAACUUGAAAAGCCAUGCAGAUUAUCAUGCCUCAAAGCAGUUUUACUCUAAAUACGCACCCAGCAAGAGAACCCGCUGGGGUUUUUACUCCCAGAGCCUCACCAGGGAGUCUCCUGCCAAAGAUAUUAGUCUUGUUACAAAGAGAGUGCUUUCUGCUAGGCUGCUGAAAAUUAACGAGCUUCGUAAUGAACUGACUGGGCUGCAUGUCAAACUUGAUGAGUUACAGAAAGAAAAUAGGGUACUAAAGCAGCUUCAGUACAGACAUGAGAAAGCCCUUCAUAAGUUUGAAGACACAGAAAAUGAAAUCUCUCAACUUCUGGUGAGGCAUAAUGAUGAGAUGAGAAUACUAAAGGAGCGCUUAAGAAAAACACAAGAAAGAGAACAAACAACCGAGAAGAAACUCAAGGCUUCAGAGGAAGAGCUAUUCAAAGCUAAAAGUAGUUUGCAAAAACUGAAAAAACUUGCAGAAGAUAAGAACCUCCCUGAACGUGAUGAGCUGGCUAAGAAGCUGGCAAUUGCAGAAAAUAGAUUGGAAGAUAGUGAGAAGAAAAUUAAGGAGUUUGAGAAGAAGCUUGAUCUUACCAAUAGUAGUUUCCAAAGACAACUACACUCUGUGAAAAAGAAAUUGUAUGAAGCCCAAGAAGAAAAUAAGAUUAUCCAAGAGGAAGUCCAACGAUUAAAACAAAAAAUAAAGGAAAAAGAGAGAGAAUUAGAUGCAAAAAAUAUAUAUUCUAAUCGUAUGUUAAAACACUCACCCAAAAAACAUGAUGAUACCACACCAAGAAAAAAAGUUGUUGAGAAAAACACUGUAAGAGAAGUACCGAACACAAAAGGAGUACAGACUACUGGAUACUUUUCCCCGAUAGAAUUUCCAUUGCCACCAGACUUCAUUUCUGAUGAAAUAGUGGAGAAAAAAGAAGAAGAUGGGCAUCUCCAAUUGGAACAGCCAGUUAAAGAUUGGAAUGAACAAAGAGAGGAUUUCAAGCAAGAACAGAACCAAGAAGGAGAAGAGAAACUAAAAAAUGAACAAGAACUCCAAGCAUUGGAAGAAAGAGCCAAGAAACUAAGAGAAGAAUGGGAGAAAGAAGAAUCAGACAGAAAGAAGAAAGAAAACAGUCAUUUGCUUGAAAAUGAAAAAGUGAAGAUAGAGGCAGAAGUAUGUAUUUCAGAAAAAGGAACACAGAAUCAUGACAGAACAGAGGAGGAAAGACGGAAAAAAAUUCUGCUUGCCAAGAUGCAUGAAAUUGACAGGGAAACGCAGAACAAUAUAAAUACGGCUUCCCAAGAACUUCCCACAGAUACUGUCAUUGUACCUUAUACAUUGGAAAAAACUAAGAAACUGCACCAAUUGUCAGAGACAAUAGAGAAAAUGUCUAAUGGUUUGCCAGAACCAGAUCGCUUUAGUACAGUUGUCAAACAAGAAAUCCAGAAACCACUGUCUACAGACAUCACAUGUGCAAGCAAUGAUUUGAUAUUUGGUAGUUAUGUACCUUCCUUUGGGAAAGGGUCAGGGAGGCCAAGCUGGCUUAAUCAAAAAAUUGACUUCUUAGAUGAACUCACUAAGGAAAACGUAGGUCUUGAUACUAAGAAAGAGAGAAAGUCGAAUUUAAUGGAGCAGCUGUUUGGUAGCAAUGUCAAUACAAUCACUCCACCUAAGAGAAAUGAUUUUCAACAAGACGGUAAUACAAACAAUGGUUUUCAGGCUAAAGGAACCAUGGUCAACAUUAAAAAUGACACUGAUCUUUUUUUUAGUGAAGGAAAGAACUUUAUAUCCCAAAGACAACGAUUGCAACAUACAGCAAAUAGACCAGCAGUUAAGGCACUUGAUUCUUUAGAAGAUGAUAUUGAGGAAGUAUUAUUACAGUAAUUUUAUUCUGUAAAAUAUGUAAAUAGUUAUAUUUAGUAUGUUUAUAGUUUAUAAAUUCAAAGUGAUUGAAGUUUAAGUUAUAUAGCUUUGAGAAUGAUCAAGAAUGCAACUUUUUAUUUAAUGCCCUAAGCAAAAAUGAUGACAAUUAACAGAUAAAACAAGAUGUACUCAAUAAUUAUUUUCUUAUUUUAAUUCUAUUAAUAGAAUCACUUGGCCCUCUUCUUAGAAGGAAGUAGUGUUCUCUACAUAUUUGUCAUCAGUCACUUCAAAUUGACAUUUCACUAGCACAUCCAAAUAAAUGGGAGUAUUUUUUGAAUUAUUUAAGGCCUCUUUCCACUAUCAUUUUGUUAAGUAUCUCUUGUAGAGAGUGCUUCCUUUAUGAAGAAUUUUACGUAUUGAAAUUGAGGGUGCAGGCAAAACAAUUACUGCAGAAAAAGUUGGAUUGUCCCUGUAACCUUAGUUUAUGUUCUGCUUUUGCAUAAUACACCUAAAUGUUUGCUUUAAAUGUAAUAGAUGUUUAUCAGCCUCUGUCGUAGAAUAAAAUUGACUAUUUAAAGAUUGAUGGCAAUAUAGAGAGUGUUGUAAUUUGUUAUCAUAUAUCUUCUGUUGGAAAGCUUAUGAUAAUAUUUAAUUGGGAAACAAAAAUAUAUGCCCAUUAAAUUUACCUCUACUUUAAUUGUACCCUGCCAGCUCUAUUAAAAAACUACAAUACAAUAACUGGAUUGUGAAUUACUGACAUGAAUAUAAUGAGUUUAGCAAAGUAAAGUAUUUGUGCAAUGUAACUUUGGUGAUUAUGCUAAUGUUCCUAGAGGCUGCACCAAAUGUCUAUAUCAAUAUAAAACAUUCAAUUGAAAAACAUUUAAAAAGAUGAGCAAAGGGAUUGGCUAGCCUGAGCCUGAAGACCUGAAGCCCAUAAUUAGAUCUACACUUUGUUUUGUUUUUCAUUUUAGCUACAGACAAUUGCUUCAUCCUAAGGAACAUCAUUUCUAUGCUCCAUAUGAACACAGAAAAUGAAUGAACGAAAAGGAUGCUGAUGCAUUACUAUGAAUGUACAGAAUUCUUUAACCUAAGGCUUAUAUCCAAGCCAUUUAAACAGAUGUUCUUAUUAUAUGCUGAUUAUCUCUUAAGGCACAAGAUCCCAAGUAAUUGCAGCUAUAGGCAAGAAAAACAUUCAUGUGUAGAGUAAGGUUCAAAGCUAAGGAAAUAUAAAGGGGAAGGCUCUUGGUUACCACAGAACUAAGUUGAAAAGUAAGAGGAAAACAGUAAAGUUUCCCAUUUUCAUUACUAUAGGUUAAUCUUAAUGUUAACUCAAUAUUGUUUACCGGCAGAAAUUGUGGGUUCAGGCCAAUAUUAAAGUAACAUUUAGGUUUUGUUAGUUUCCCAAACUGCUAGUUUAGCCUCCAGGCUACUUGAGCAUUUGGAGAAAGAGUGCAGUGGACUCUAGGGAAACAUUCUCCUGUGACACAUUGGCACAACAAAAGGCUUUUGUGCAUCCUGAGUUUUAGUAUUCUACUCUAAUCAUCCAGAAUUCACACACACACACACACACACACACACACACACACACACACACACACACACACACGGUUUAAUUUAUCAUGGAUAUUUUCUACCUUUCAAUUAGAACCGAGAUGGUAGGAUUAUGUUUUGGUUAUAAGUACAUCUUUGGAAAUAGCUAGAUAUCCUUACAUUUUUAAUGCACAAAUAAAGAUUUUGGGUUUUUUUAAAAAAUGGUUUUCCUGAAAAGAAAUACAAGUUCUGUAUUAUAUACACACGCUACUCUAGCAUUUUGUCUGUACUGGUUGAAAAGAUGUAAAUGUUAAUUGUUUUUUAUACAUUUAUAUUUUAUGUACAAGUUACUUCUGGAAAUAUGCUUGAUUUUUUUAAAAAAAAUAUUUUUUAUUAAAGUAUUUGUAUUUCUG